GCGUCUCUUGUUGUUUUUCUAAAAUUAUUGACUUCUCUCAAUGGGAAGAUUAUAGUAGCCAGGUAGGCUCAAACUUGUUCAGAUUCAUGGAAGCUUGACCCUUGGUCAUUGUCUGUGCAAACAUUUUAAGUUUUGAUGGCACCAGCACAUGGGUUGAGAUACCAAGCGAGUCACUUAGCUUAUAGGAGCUUCAACUCCUUCAACUCCUUUCGUUAUCACGGCAUCGUGAUCGGUGGUCAAAGGCUGAAACGCACAAUAUUAUUAAUCCACCAAUGCCUUGUCCUGGCCAGUAAACAAAUGUCUCGGAUGAUGAUCCGAUUAAACUCUCAUGGCGCUCAUUUGACUGUAACUAUCUACCAAGAUCAUACCCCGCCCGAAGCCGCAGGCGUUGGUGGGGUGCUAUGAUGAGCUGCAGGUCGCGGAAAGGCACGACAAUAAAGAGCUGGAGUUUACGAGUCACAUCUCCGAAGCAAAUCCUUUCCGAGGAACUAUAAAGAGCUUCACCCCUCCAUCUUCCAUCUACUAGUAGUCUUGAAUUAAAACACUUACAAACACCAUCGACCGUCGCAAUGCCUCUCGUAACCCAGAACGUCAAGCCUCGUGUUAUCCUGGGUCUAAUGACCUUUGGACCCCCUGGUAGUGAACAGCUCGACGCGCGUAUCUUUGACCCUGAAACUUACAAUAAGGCUCUUGACAUCUUUCAAAGUAAGGGUUACAACGAAGUCGACACUGCCCGCGUCUAUGUUGGCGGCAAACAGGAGGGCUGGACUGGCUCGCAGACCAACUGGAAAGAGAGAGGACUUACUGUGGACACAAAGGUCAAGUAUCCUGUCCAGCCUGGCGAGAACACAUACGACAAGGUCAUCGAGUCGGUUGAGACCAGUCUGAAGGAGCUGGGAACUGACUGCAUCGAUCUGCUCUACCUCCAUCGUCCUGACCGCGGCACUCCUUUCCAAGAAACCCUCGAAGCUAUCAACAAGCUACACAAGGAUGGGAAGUUCGUCAAGUUCGGUAUCAGCAACUUCACGGCGUACGAGGUCGCAGAAGUUGUCAUGAUUUGCAAGUACAACAACUGGGUCCGGCCCACGGUCUACCAGGGCAUGUACAACUGUCUCACCCGUUCCAUCGAGGCAGAGCUUUUUGUAGCCUGCAGGAGAUACGGCCUCGACAUCGUUGUGUACAACCCAAUCGCUGGCGGUCUCCUGUCUGGCAAGAUCAAGUCGAUGGACAUCAAGCCCGAGAGCGGCCGCUUUUCUGAUCAGAGCAAGAUUGGUACGGCAUAUCGCCAGCGAUACUUCAGAGAGAGCACAUUCAAGGCUCUGAAGGCUAUUGAGGAAGCUACGGAGAAGAACGGACUGAGCAUGCUUGAGACAGCAUUGCGAUGGAUAAUCCACCACUCCGGACUAAAAGUCACAAACGGUAACGAUGGAAUUAUCAUUGGUAUGUCUAACAUCCAGCAGCUCGAGCAGAACCUUGAGCUCGUUGAAAAGGGACCUCUGCCCGACGAGGUGGUAAAGGCACUUGACCAGGCGUGGCUGUACUCCAAGGCAGAUACGGCCAACUACUGGCAUGGGGAUUUGGAGUAUACAUAUGAUGUACACGAGGCUCUGUUUGGUGCGUCGGCCAAGUAAAAUAGCAAUAGGCAGAAGUAAUACAGAGCUUGGUAUAGACUACCUAGACCCUUGAAUAUAAACCCACGUGCUGUCAGUCAUUUCUGUUGGUGGCAUGCUGAUACCGUUCACAAAGGUUGUCUUGGUUUUGGGGGCGCGUGGAGAGAAGGCGGAGGGCACAUGACCGAAGGCGUCAUUUGUUUGCAGGACAAGAUAAGAGCAAGGUAGC